CCCACACGUUAUAUAAAUAGCACAAAAAUAGAAUUUUAAACACAAUCACUCGCCGGAAACGAAAUACCGACGAUUUGCCGGCGAUACUUGUUUUUUCUUUGGAAGAAGUCAAGAAAGAAAGGAGAUGAGACGAUGAGGAGAAAUAAUCAAGGAAAAACGGCAAAGAUGACGACGAAAACAGAGGCGAUUAAGAAGAAGAAGGAGGAGAAAUUUGAACGGAACUUAGUGAAAUACAAAGAGUUACCGGAAUAUUUGCAAGAUAAUGAGUUUAUAUUGGAUUAUUAUCGAUGCGAGUGGCCAUUAAAAGACGCUUUAUUCAGCUUCUUUACAUUGCAUAACGAAUCGCUAAACAUCUGGACGCACGUCGUUGGAUUUUUGAUAUUUUUGGGAUUAAUGAUGAUGAGUUUUAUGGAGAAUACACAGUUCGGAAGCUUCAGAAAUGUGGAAUGGUUUUUACACAGCAGAAGCCAAGUUUAUGAUCCUUUGAUGAAUAUGAUGAGAAGUAGUAGUCAGCCACUUAAUGUCUCCGGUAACAAUCAUUUUUUUCCGGAUUCACAGUACCUGAGACACAUUUCAUUUCAGUCAUUACUUCAAAUCCAUAAUCAAGACGGAACUGAAGCUAUUCCGAGAUGGCCAUGGUUUGUUUUCUUGUCGGGGGCAAUGGGAUGCUUAAUUUGCAGCUCAGUUUCUCAUCUCCUUGCUUGUCAUUCCAAGCGUUUCAGCCUUUUCUUUUGGCGCCUGGAUUACGCCGGAAUUUCUCUUAUGAUUGUUUGCUCAUUCUUUCCUCCAAUCUAUUAUGCAUUUUACUGCAACCCUUUUCCGCGUAUCUUUUACAUUACUUCCAUAACUGUCGUCGGCAUUCUUGCGAUGAUUACGCUCCUUGCGCCUGCUUUCUCUUCUGCUCGUUACAGACCUUUCCGGGCUACCCUGUUUCUCUUCAUGGGAUUAUCAGGUGUUAUUCCUGCAGUUCAUGUAGUUUGUCUCCACUGGGGCAAUCCACAUAUAUAUGUAUCACUCGGCUACGAGCUUCUUAUGGGCCUUUUAUAUGCUAUUGGAGUCGGAUUUUACGUUAGCAGAGUACCUGAACGCUGGAAACCUGGGGCUUUUGACAUUGCAGGACACAGCCAUCAGAUUUUUCAUGUUCUUGUUGUUCUAGCUGCCCUUUCUCAUACUGCUGCUACACUUGUAAUUCUGGAUUUUCGCAAAAGAUCUCCUGCCUGUACAUUUUAGCAUAUAACCGAAUCAAGCCAGCGGGGAAGUUAAGCCUUAAAAUGCCCAUCUUUUUCUGUAAUCUUCUGCUAUCCCUUGUAGAACUUUUGUUGUAUCAAUGAACAAAAUUCUGCUACUCAA